AUGAAUGAUAUUGAUAGCAUUAAUUUAACUAAGCCUAAAAAAAUUCAUCUUUCACCCGGUGACGAUGAAACAUUUCAACCUGUUCCACUUCCCAUUGACGAUGAUGGAUUUAUUGUUACUUUUAAUGUUGAACAGCAAGAUGAAAUUUUAGCAUUUUUCGAAAAACAUGGAAUAGUCGUUGUGGCGAAUGUGUUAACCGAGCAAGAAUGCCAACGUAGUGUUGAUGACGUGUGGAGACACUUGCAAGAAUUGUUCAAUCCAGAUAUUGAUCGUGAUAAACCAGAAACAUGGGAUUCGAAAUGGCCUAGUUUUUCACAUAUGGGAAUAUUGGGUAAUACACGUUGGUUAUAUCCUCAAGCAUGCGAUAAUAGACAAAAUGUGAAGAUUUAUCAAGUAUUUCGCACACUGUUUGAUGACCAUGAAUUAAUAACAAAUGUAACUUGA